UUCACCAUUUAUUCAUACGGCGAUAUCGACAUCUUGACGAAACUCAUCUCCAGUACGCCGACUGGUUCAGCCCUCUUCUCAGCUCUCAUUCACACGAAGACAAAUCUGUUUCUCACCACAAGCAGCACUCGUUUAUGCCUGCCCAUUCAAUCGGCCCACAAUGGGCCUAUUUUGGGAUCUACUUCUCCUCAUUCUUCCUUAGGCGUCCUUCGACCCUACUCUGCCUACAGAUUCGCCCUGGAGCCAAUCACCCUCGAAGCUGCAGUGCAAAGCCUGCCAUCUUCAUCUCCUUCAGCCACCACUCAGUCUGCCUCACGAAUCUUAGUCUUUCCUCCAAUUUCUCACGGGCCAUCUUCUAGUCAAUUUGACAGUCAACAGUCAACCCUCACUCGGGCCCCAAAGUCUACUAGAACAGUACGACCUCAGGCCCCAAAUGGAGCAAGAGGGGGUGGUGACGUCUUGAAGAACCUAUUCCAUCUGACGCCAGAGGCCAUACCGGGCUUACCAACUAGGCUUCGUCUGGUCUGGAAGGCACGCAACCUGGCGCAUCUAAUUUGGUGUCCACCUGAGCUGCGAAAUGGCCCCAUUAUGUCCUAUCGACUCUUCAUUUUCCAAGUGCAUACGAGUCUGGUACCGUCGUUACAAGCGGAAUUCGCAAUCAUUUGA